UGCCAGAUCAGUUUGUCACCACCCAGGCUCCCUAGCCUUUGGCUGGGUGCAACUUCCAUUUUAGGUGUUGGAUCUGAGAGAAAAAAAAAGAGGGAGAGAGAGAAAGAAGAGCAGGAAAGAUCCUGAAAGGAGGAAGAGGUGGCGAAAAAUCAACUCCCUUGCUGGAUUUGUCUUUCUCAGCACGUUGACGAAGGCUUGGGUUUCUUUCUUAAAGGACUGGUUUCUAGAAGUCCACAUUUGAGCUCUCUCCUUCCUGCUUCCUCCUUGCUGUGGUGGCUGGGAUGCUUCUGUGAUUUUUUUGAAUCUAGACUGGGCUGUACUCUGUUAAACCAAUCAGUCACGACCUUCUCUCAACAGUGUGAAGUGAGGGGACCUUCUCCCUCCUUCCUCCUCCCUCUGUGAUCCACCUUCCUUUUUACCUUGCCCUGUGGCGGCUCUGCCCCUUACCUUCAUGGACGACUCAGAGGUGGAGUCGACCGCCAGCAUCUUGGCCUCUGUGAAGGAACAAGAGGCCCAGUUUGAGAAGCUGACCCGGGCGCUGGAGGAGGAACGGCGCCACGUCUCGGCGCAGCUGGAACGCGUCCGGGUCUCACCACAAGAUGCCAACACGCUCAUGGCCAACGGCACCCUCACCCGCCGGCAUCAGAACGGCCGGUUUGUGGGCGAUGCUGACCUUGAGCGACAGAAAUUUUCAGAUCUAAAACUCAACGGACCCCAGGAUCACAGUCACCUUCUGUAUAGCACCAUCCCCAGGAUGCAGGAGCCAGGGCAGAUCGUGGAGACCUACACAGAGGAAGACCCUGAGGGAGCCAUGUCUGUUGUCUCCGUGGAGACCUCAGAUGAUGGAACCACUAGGCGCACAGAGACCACAGUCAAGAAAGUGGUGAAGACCGUGACAACACGGACCGUACAGCCAGUCCCUAUGGGACCAGAUGGGCUGCCCGUGGAUGCCUCAUCCAUUUCUAACAACUACAUCCAGACUCUGGGUCGUGACUUCCGCAAGAAUGGCAAUGGGGGACCUGGUCCCUAUGUGGGGCAGGCCGGCACUGCUACCCUUCCCAGGAACUUCCACUACCCUCCCGAUGGAUAUAGUCGCCACUAUGAAGAUGGUUAUCCAAGCAGCAGUGACAACUAUGGCAGUCUGUCCCGGGUGACCCGCAUUGAGGAGCGGUACAGGCCCAGCAUGGAGGGUUACCGGGCACCCAGUAGACAGGAUGUGUAUGGGCCCCAGCCCCAGGUUCGGGUAGGUGGGAGCAGCGUGGAUCUGCAUCGCUUUCAUCCAGAGCCUUAUGGGCUUGAGGAUGACCAGCGUAGCAUGGGCUACGAUGACCUGGAUUAUGGCAUGAUGUCCGAUUAUGGCACUGGCCGUCGGACUGGGACACCCUCUGACCCUCGGCGACGCCUCAGGAGCUAUGAAGACAUGAUUGGUGAGGAGGUGCCAUCAGACCAGUACUACUGGGCUCCUUUGGCCCAGCACGAACGCGGAAGCUUAGCAAGCUUGGAUAGCCUGCGCAAGGGAGGACCUCCACCCCCCAACUGGAGACAGCCAGAGCUGCCAGAGGUGAUAGCCAUGCUAGGAUUCCGUUUGGAUGCUGUCAAGUCCAAUGCAGCUGCAUACCUGCAACACUUGUGCUACCGCAAUGACAAAGUGAAGACUGAUGUUCGGAAGCUCAAGGGCAUUCCAGUACUGGUGGGAUUGUUAGACCACCCCAAAAAGGAAGUGCACCUUGGUGCCUGUGGAGCUCUCAAGAAUAUCUCUUUUGGACGUGACCAGGAUAACAAGAUAGCUAUAAAAAACUGUGAUGGUGUUCCUGCUCUUGUGAGAUUACUCCGAAAGGCUCGUGAUAUGGACCUCACUGAAGUUAUUACUGGAACCCUGUGGAAUCUCUCAUCCCAUGACUCAAUCAAGAUGGAGAUUGUGGACCAUGCACUGCAUGCCUUGACAGAUGAAGUGAUCAUUCCGCAUUCUGGUUGGGAACGGGAGCCUAAUGAAGAUUGUAAGCCACGCCAUAUUGAGUGGGAGUCGGUGCUCACCAACACAGCUGGCUGCCUUAGGAAUGUCAGCUCCGAGAGGAGUGAAGCUCGCCGGAAACUUCGGGAAUGUGAUGGUUUGGUGGACGCUCUCAUUUUCAUUGUUCAGGCUGAGAUUGGACAGAAAGAUUCAGACAGCAAGCUUGUGGAGAACUGUGUUUGCCUCCUUCGGAACUUGUCAUAUCAAGUUCACCGGGAAAUCCCACAGGCAGAACGAUACCAAGAGGCACCUCCCAAUGUUGCCAACAAUACUGGGCCACAUGCUGCCAGUUGCUUUGGGGCCAAGAAGGGCAAAGAUGAGUGGUUCUCCAGAGGGAAAAAACCCACAGAGGAUCCAGCAAAUGAUGCAGUGGAUUUCCCUAAAAGAACUAGUCCUGCUCGAGGCUAUGAACUUUUAUUUCAACCAGAGGUGGUUCGGAUAUAUAUCUCACUCCUCAAAGAGAGCAAGACUCCUGCCAUCCUAGAAGCCUCAGCCGGGGCCAUCCAGAACUUGUGUGCUGGGCGCUGGACGUAUGGUCGAUACAUCCGCUCAGCUCUGCGUCAAGAAAAGGCUCUUUCUGCCAUUGCUGACCUCCUGACUAAUGAACAUGAGCGGGUUGUGAAAGCUGCAUCUGGAGCACUGAGAAAUCUGGCUGUAGAUGCUCGCAACAAAGAGUUAAUUGGUAAACACGCUAUUCCUAACUUGGUAAAAAAUCUGCCAGGAGGGCAACAGAGCCCUUCCCAGAAUUUUUCUGAGGACACUGUGGUCUCUAUCCUGAACACCAUCAAUGAAGUUAUUGCCGAGAACUUGGAGGCUGCCAAAAAGCUUCGAGAGACACAGGGGAUUGAGAAGUUGGUUUUGAUCAACAAAUCAGGGAACCGCUCAGAAAAGGAAGUUCGGGCAGCAGCACUUGUAUUACAGACAAUCUGGGGAUAUAAGGAAUUGCGGAAGCCACUGGAAAAAGAAGGAUGGAAGAAAUCAGACUUUCAGGUGAAUCUAAACAAUGCUUCACGAAGCCAGAGCAGUCAUUCAUAUGACGAUAGCACUCUUCCUCUCAUUGAUCGGAACCAGAAAUCAGAUAAGAAACCUGAUCGGGAAGAAAUUCAGAUGAGCAGUAUGGGAUCAAACACAAAAUCAUUAGAUAACAACUAUUCCACAUUGAAUGAGAGAGGGGACCACAAUAGAACACUGGAUCGAUCUGGGGAUCUAGGUGAAAUGGAGCCAUUGAAGGGAACACCCCUGAUGCAGGACGAGGGGCAGGAAUCUCUGGAGGAAGAGUUGGAUGUGUUGGUUUUGGAUGAUGAGGGGGACCAAAUGUCUUACCCCCCCAUGCAGAAGAUUUAGCACCACUCUCUCCGCUACAUCUGGGCUUAUAAUAUAUGUACUUUUAUUUUUUGGUGGUGAAACGGACUGAUGAUUUUUCCCUUUCUUCGCUGGACUAUUGUGCCAACUGCCAGGCUGCCUCCUGCCCUUAUAGCCCUCAGUGGCUGCCUUCUUUCCAUCAACUCCCUAACUUCUUCCAGUGAAAGCUUAAUUGUCCUUGCUCCCACCUCCAGAUCCCCUCCAGUUACUCCCAAGAAGCCUGACUCAGUUAUAUGCCUAUCUUGAGAAACUGCUGCAGAUUAGCUCUUUUUGCCAGCUCUCCCCGGAACUCUUGGCCUUAUGUGGAGGGAGGGAGAGAGUGGGAAUCUUCACUGGAAGCCGUGGGAAGAAUUGGAAAUUACAUGCUAUAUAUGCAGUAUCCAGCAAUCUGAUAAACUGAUGAUUCUUAA